AUGCCCCCCUCUGUUGGCUUCUUUGCAGUCUGGAUAUUUCUCCUGUUUAUCGAGGAGGGAUUUGCUUUGGCACAAAAGAUUAAAGAUGGAAGCGCAGCGUCAAAAGGAGUCAAACCUUCUCCACAACCUCCACGCUCUCGUCACUGUGGAAACUGGGUACGAAACGCAGAAGGCGGCACCUUCAGCUCCCCGAACUACCCGAAAACGUACCCUCCCAACAAGGAGUGCCUCUACGUGCUGGAAGCCCUGCCUCGCCAGAGGAUAGAGCUGCUUUUCAGCGAGGCCUUCCACAUCGAGGCGUCGUUCGAGUGCCGUUUCGACCACAUCGAGGUGCGGGACGGCCCCUUCAGCUUCUCCCCGCUCAUCAAUCGCUUCUGCGGCACGGCCAGCCCCGGACUCGUCCUCUCCAGCGGACGCUUCAUGUGGAUCCGCUUCUUCAGCGACGAGGAGCUGGAGGGAACCGGCUUCCAGGUCCAGUACAACUUCACUGCAGACCCUGAGUUCCAUCUGCAUGUGGGAGGACUUCUAAACCCCAUCCCAGACUGUCAGUUUGAGCUGUCAGGGGCUGACGGGAUGAUUCGCUCCAGUCAGGUGGAGGAGGAGUACAAAGUGAAGCCGGACCAGGCGGUGGACUGCAUCUGGACCAUACGAGCACCAACAAAGAACAGGAUUUACCUGCGAUUCUUGGAAUACCAGAUGGAAAACUCAAAUGAAUGUAAGAAGAACUUUGUGGCUGUUUAUGAUGGCAGUAAUGCCAUUGAGGACCUAAAGGCCAAGUUUUGUAGUACAGUAGCUAAUGACAUUAUGCUGGACACUGGUGUGGCAGUAGUGAGGAUGUGGGCUGACGAGACGAGCCGUCUCAGCCGUUUCCGGAUGCUCUUCACCUCUUUCGCUGACCCUCCCUGUUCAGGCAGUGCGUUCUUUUGCCACAGUAACAUGUGCAUCAACACCUCUCUAGUGUGCAACGGCAUACAAAACUGUGUCUUUCCUUGGGAUGAAAGCAACUGCAAAGAGAAAAAGAGCAAAGGUGUUUUUCAGCAGAUCACAAAGACUCACGGGACAAUAAUCUGUGUGUCGACGGGAGUGGUGCUGUUGCUCCUCAUUGUCUCCAUUCUGGUGCAAGUCAAACAGCCGCGGAAAAAGGUGCUGGUACGUAAAAACAAUCUGUUCCCCCGCGCCGACUUUCAGGAGGUGUUUGACCCGCCGCACUAUGAGCUGUUUACGCUCAGAGAUAAGGAGAUGUCUGGGGACCUUGGGGAGCUAUCAGAAGAACUCCAGUCCCUACAGGCCCUCCGGAGAUCUUCAUCAGGAUCACGCUGCAUUCACGAACACCACUGUGGCUCUCAGGCCUCCAUCAACUCCAUCAAAGGCAGCCAAGGUGCACAUGGCUUGGGCAGGGGAUCCAUGGAGCUUCCUCCUUUCAGAGGGGACUUCCAGAGCGCCUUACCUCCCUUCAGAGACUUGAACAGCAGUCUGCGAAAGAAGAGCUGGCCCAGUAUGAAACCGGGCCGAAUGCAGAGCCAUCACGGUAUCGGGGAGAGAUCGCUGGGGCGGCAGGAUAGAGUUAUGGAAGAGGACGAAGACGAGGAGGAGGACGGGAGGUACGAUGUGUAUGUGCGUAGAGCGGGAAACCGAAGAGGCAACUACGAAAUGGCUCAGCAAAGAUCCUUGUCCAUGGAUUUUUAAAACAAGAAAAGGCGAGACGUCACGGUAAAUACUGCAGCAAGUUUUUGUGCAGAGCUGUGUAAAAAAAUGAAAGGAGAUCACUUUCACUCGACACUUUUUUUUUUUUCUCCAUUUGUCUCAGUGAGUUUGGAAAACGCAGAGUCUGUCAAAGAGCAGCGCUCCGGUAACUGUAAGGAACUCAAGAUACUCAAGCUUUGCCAAAAUCUGCUCGGACUCUGAACCAGCCAGCAGGGGAGUUCGUUAUUUGUGAUAAACGUGUAAAAGUGAAGACAGAUGCCGUGUUUUGUUUCUUGUUAUUGAUGUAUUUCGUUAAAUACAUUUUACUGUCAAGGAUUUUUUUUUUGUUGAUGUGUGUUUUGAAGAGAACAAAAAGAUGUUUCAAGAGGAAGUGUGAUGACAUUUUAACCCGUCAAUGCAAAGAUUACCUCUCAGUUUUUGUUUGAUUCAUUAUUACAUGUAUGAAAAUAAACCGCUAAUUUCUUCAACCAUUGGUUAA